AUGUGCCAGGACUAUCAAGUCUUCCUCGUCAAGUUCCACCUCGGUAUCCAGGACCCCGACAUCCCCGGCGAGCGACAGCAUACGACCAUCUUUGUCCAGACCAGCGAAGAUGGCAGCGGCACCAUUCACCAAGUGACCGGCGAUGUCACUGCCUCGGAUGGAAUGUAUUAUUUCCCAGCGCCUGCUGAUGAUCCAACCUGCUCGGAGGACUUUCGUUCGAGUCAGAAGUUAGGCGUCACGCCGACCGCUAGCCAUCCUGAUCAAUGGAAUCAAGUGCUCGGAAGUCUGCCCGCACCGCCUCAGCAAAAGGCAUUUAAUUUGAGCACCAUGAGAACGGAACCGUUCAAGACAAAAGAUCCGUUGACUUUCUAUCGCCCUGGAGAACCUAGGAAGCCUUUGGUGAAGUGCACCGAGUGGACGAUGGAGAGUGCCAUCCCAACUCUCGAGUCGAGGGGGCUUCUCCUUCGCCAGGAGGGCAGCUAG